CCCGCAUCCCCACCCCCCGCACCCCGUGCACAGCAUGCCGCAGGUCGGCGCCUAUGGCAUAGUCCUGCUCUGGCUGCUGGCCCUGCUGCCGGCGGGGGCCUGGGGCGCCUCCCCUGUUGGGCCCCGGCCGGCCGGCCGGUCGGGCCCCGGCGCCGGUGCGCAGGCCCUCAUCCUGGACGAGGCCCACCUCCAGCGCGCGCCCUUCCCCCUGUUUGAGCAUGACGCCGAGUGGCAUUUCCAGGUCGGGGAGUUUGUCCGCGACGAGCCAGCGAGCCUGGUUACCACGAGCCCGACCACCCGAGAGACUCGGCGCUACCAGUCGACCGCGGUCGAUCUGGCCUCCUGGCCCGAGUCCCGCACCGGGACCCGCUUCAGCAUGGACUCCGGACAGAUCACCCUCCGGGCGCCCAGCAGCCAGAGCCCCAUCACCCCGGGCGACAUCUUUCCCAUCCCCUUGGCCACUGGUGAAACCGGCCUCCUGGAGGCGACCCACGACCCGGUAGGGGACUCCCUGCUGAUCACCUAUGCCAGUGCCGUGGAAAGCAAACUGGACAUCCAGGGGCGCCAAGUCCGGCUGCUGGCCAUCCAUGCCACCACCGCAACCAAUACCCACGUCCUGGUGGCCAGCGACAGCGGCAUGCUGGAGGUCGCCUCCAUCGGCGGAUCCUCCGACAUUGUCCCGGUUGUUGGCUCAUACGGCACCGCGGGCGCCUUUGCCCCCCCCAUGCGACAGGGCGACCCGCUGGCCGCCAUCGCCGACUCGCAGGGCACCUUCCACGUGUGGACCCCGAACGCCUACUACACGGCGGUGUGGGAACCCCCGCAGUGGAGGCUGGUCAGUCAGCACCGCGACAGUGUGGUGCAGGUCCUGACCACACACAUCCUGGACUCCGCAACCGAGAGCCGGAUUAUCCUGUACCGCGACCGGACGCUGGAGCUGUGCUAUCACACCCUGACCGGGGCUUGCACCCUGCCGGUGACCACCACCCUGCCGGCGGAAGUCCCGCAGGACGGGCUGUUCAUCAAUGCCCCGGCCACCGAGUCUCGGGCGCCGCUCGGGUGGCUGAUGUACGCCCCCCCCGGGGGGCACACCCUCUGGCGCAUGGCUGCCCUGGAGAAUGCCCAGCAGCUGUCCUGGCAGCCGCUCCGGCUGCCGGCCGGCAGCGAGCAGGUCGACUCCCUGCGCAUGGUUCGCGUGUCCCUGGCCCUUGGCCACCCGCUGACCUGGGUCCCGGCCGGCCGGCACAUGUACCUCGAGCCGGGGGACUUCCGCUGCCCGGGGGCGUCCGCCCAGCCGGAUGUGUCCAUCCAGUGCGGCAGCUCGGCCUCGAGCAACUGGAGCUGCGUCCCGGGCCGGGUGUUGGCGCCCUUCACCGUGCCGGGGCUCCUGUGUGGCGGGUGCGCUCGCGCCUGGUCCGCCACCGACCCGGCCAACCUGUCCAGCGGCUGCUCGCCCUGCACCGGCCAGUGCGAUGUGUGUGCCGGCACCGGGCCCACGGACGAUUGUCUGGUUUGCCGCUCGGGGUUCGUGCUGUCGGUCGACCCGGCCACCGGCCGGGCGUCAUGCGCCAGCAGCUGCCCGGACCAGCAGCCCGCCCUCAGCGGUGUGUGCCCCGGUGCCAGCGGGGUCGGGGCCCUGGACAUGGCCGCCACCUUGACCAGCGUCCUGGUCACCAUGCCCGCCCUGCCGGACCCCAUCCCUGUGGCCUUCCUCGCCAGGACCUCCCUGCGGGUGGACCCCCAAAGCAACGAGGUCCAGCUUGUGGGCCCCAUGGCCGACGAGCCGGAACGCUGGCUGGCCUUCCCCUCGGCCGAGGUGGAUUUGCCGCCGCUGCUCCUGGACCCGGCGGACCUGCUGGCCGGGACGUCGGUCUCCGCCAGCCGGGCCGACUUCCUGCCGACGCGCGCCCCGGUGGCCGCCUACGCCGAGUCGUCGGUGGCCGCGACGGCCACCGGCCGCCAGAUGCUGGCCCUCCUGUGCGAAGCGUCCUCCGGCCAACUGAUGCGCGUCACCUUUUCCCAAGCCACCGCCGCCCCGUCCGAGCUUCAGGUCGACAGGGCGAAUGUGGGCCUUCUCAGCGACUGCAGGCGCCUGGAGCGCCUCGGCCCGGACCUGGUGGCCCUCAUGGACAAAGACCACUCCCAGGUGCACCUUUUCCGCAUGGACCCGGCCAACGGGCUGCUGGCCCACGCGGCCCUGGCCGACACCACCACCCGGCCGGCCCUCCUGCCGCUCGAGUGGCCGGCCAUCCUGCGCCUGGGGCCCGACCUCUCGUCGAUCCACCCGCUGGACAUGCUCCUGGCCAAUGACCCUCGAGCCACGCCGCGCCGGGAGGCCCUCGGCGGGGUCACCGGCUCCUGGCACUCGACGGUCCUGCAGCCGGGGGCCGGCCGCCCGGGCGAGCUGGUCCUCUCGGCGUUGGUGCCCUCCGGCGGGACCUCCCACCGGUGGCUGGCCCAGCACAUCCCGCAGGGCGGCCGCCUGCAGGGCCGGACCACCGACCUCCCCCGGGUGGAGUACGACCUGGGCUCGGUGUCGGACCCGGGCUCCGGCAAGUACCAGGUCCUGGCGGCCCCGGUCCUCGGCCAGGCCGGCGAGGUCGCCACCGCCCUGGUGGUCCUGACCUCGAAGGAGGUCGGGGUGGCGGCGCUGCACUGUCCGGCCGGGCGGAUUGCCUGCCGGCUCCGGCCGGCGGUCUUCCGGCCGCUGGCCCGGCCGCUCGGCAGCCCGGACUCCCUGGUGGUCGUGGAGCUGCCGGCUCCGAUGGGCCCCGGCGGCGGGGCCCAUGCCCAUGGCGGCUCGCCGGGCGGCCUGUGGAUGGCCCUGGCCCUGGUCUCGGGCCUGGCCGGCGGGGGCCCCAUCUUCCGGCUGGACAUCGACCUCAUGCCCCCCUGCCCAGAGGGGACAUUCACGCCGGACUGCCGGGCCUGUGUGGCCGGCUGCGUCCAGUGCACCGGGCCCAACCCCCGCGAUUGUGUCCGGUGUGCCGCCUUCCUGCCAAGCCAGCCGGAAGCCUGCCUGGCGGCCUGCCCGGCCGGCAUGGCCCCCGGGCCGGAUGGCGCCUGCGGCUGCCACCCCCUUUGCACAAAUUGCCACCACUCGACCGAUCGCUACGAGUGCCUGGCAUGCGAUGCCGGGCAUGUGCCCGGCCCGCCGGACCCGGCCGACCCCGGCGGCCUGGGCCCGGACCGGUGCCUCGCCUGCCGGGCGAAUUGCCACCGGUGCACGGCCCCCGGGCCGGACGGCCCCUGCGACCUGUGCAGUGUGGGCUUCUUCCUGCAGCCGGGCAGCGGCUGUGUGGCCACCUGCCCGGCGGGCAUGUGGCCGGAUGCCGACAACCGCGUCUGCGCCCCCUGCCCCGGGCCAUGCACCUCCUGCUCCUCGGCCAGCGACUGCACCGCCUGUGCCGCCGGGCACUUCCUCAAUGCCAGCCGCAUGUGCCAGCCCUGUGACAGCUCCUGCACCGCCUGCACCGACAGGGCCACCUGCACCAUCUGCCGGCCGGGGAUGAUCUUCCUGUCGCCCGUUCCCCAGCAGGCGUCCCUCUGCGGCAGCACCUGCCCCCCGGGCGAGUAUGUCGGCGCCGGCCGGUGCGCCGCGUGCGAUGGGUCGUGUGAGCUGUGCGCCGGCGGGCCGGACCGGUGCCGGGUGUGUGCGGCGGGCUUCCGCUGGGGCGCGACCCCGGGCCCCGGCGGCACCGGCACGUGCGUCGCCUGUGAGCCGGGGUGCGCCUCCUGCACGAGCGCCGCAUGUUUGUCCUGCGAGGCGGGCCUCCUGCUCACGGCGGCCGGCGCAUGUGUCAGCGCCUGCCCAGCCGGGUCGUUCAGCAACGGCGAGUCGUGCCAGCCGUGCGACAUUAGUUGCGCCGCCUGCGCCGACGGCCAGCCGGACCAGUGCACGGGCUGUGCCGCCGGGCUGGAACUUGUCGAGGUCAGCCCCGGUGUCGGCACCUGCGUGUCCGGCUGCUCGGAGGGCCAGUACCGCGCGGGGGCCGAGUGCCUGCCCUGCGACGCGGCCUGCGCCACGUGCAACGGCCCCACGGACAAGGACUGCUGGCGGUGUGCCUCCGGCGUCCUGCAGGGCGGCGACUGCGUGCAGGCCUGCGCCGCCAGGCAUGUGGCCGUGGGCGACCGGUGCCUGCCGUGCCAUGUCUCCUGCGCCGAGUGCAUGGGCACUCGGAGCACCGAGUGCCUGCCGGACUGCGCACCCGACUUGCUGGCCCUGCCGGCCGGGCAGUCGCCCACGCGCUGCGUGCCGGCCUGCCCGGCCGGAUACAACACCUCAAUGAGCGGCUGCCGCCAGUGCACGGAGCACUGCGCCAGCUGCCCGGAGUCGAACGACACGUGCGCCCUGUGCGAGCGCGGGUGGCUGCUGGCCAGCCCGGACUGCGUGACCGAGUGCCCGGCCGGGUCGAUGGCCCAGGGCGGGCUGUGCGCCACCUGCCACGCCACCUGCGCCACAUGCUUCGGCCCGGCGCCCGAGCACUGCCUGUCAUGCGCCCCGGGCACGCCGCUCAUGCUGGACACCAGCUGCGUGGCCGCCUGCCCCGGCACGCACUUCGCCGCCGGCGGGGCCCUCUGCCUUCCCUGCAGCCCGUACUGCGGCCGGUGCUCCGGGCCGGGGCGCGACCAGUGCACGGCCUGCCCGGCGGACCGGGUGCUCGUGCCGGCCGGCGAAUGCCUGGGCGCCUGCCCGGCCGGGCAGUAUGCCGACGCCGGCCGCGUGUGUCGCCCGUGCGGGCCGACCUGCACCGCCUGCUCCGGCGGGCCAGACCGCUGCACCGCCUGCCAGGCGCCCCGGCUAUUGCACGCCGGGGCCUGUGUGGCCGGCUGCCCGGCGGGCCACUUCCCAUGCGCCCCCUCGAGCCAGUGCGUCGCCUGUCCCCCCGGCUGCGCCAGCUGCGCGGCCGCCCCGGCGACCGGCGCCCCCUGCACGGCCAGCUGCACCGCAUGCGGCCCUGGGCUCGCGCUGUCCCUGUCGGGGGCCUGCCAGGCGGCCUGCCCGGCCGGGGAGUACCUCCCGGCCGGCUCGUCCACCUGCGAGGCCUGCGCGCCGGACUGCGCCACCUGCCACGGCCGGGCCGAUCGGUGCACGGCAUGCCGCAACUCGGCGGCCUGGCUGAUGGCCGACAGCGGGCUCUGCGCCAGUGCCUGCCCCGGGGCCGGCUUCGCCAUGCUCCCGGACGGCCGGGCCUGCCUCCCGUGCCAGGCCGGCUGCGAGCACUGCCCGGCCCCCGACGGGGCCGGCCCCUGCACCAUCGCCCCGACCGGGGCCCUUGCCUGCCCGGGGGUGACCGCCUGCCACCGGUGCAUGGCCGGCUACCUGCUGCUGGCCGGCAGCCAGUGCGUGGCCACCUGCCCGGCCAAUACCUUCCCCGCGUGGGAUGCCCCCCUGCCCGUGUGCGGCCCCUGCCACCCCAAGUGCGCGGGCACGUGCACCGGCCCGGAGCAGGCGGACUGCUCCGGGUCCGCCGGCGGCUCCCCCGGCCGGCGGGACCUCGCCCUCGGCCUGGGCCUCGGCCUGGGGCUGCUGCUGCUGCUGCUGCUCCUGGCCCUGGCCAUCUUCCUGCUGCUGCGCCUGCGCCGGGCCCGCCGGCCCAAGGAUGUGUCCGCCGAGUCCGACGAAAACUCCACGGUGCUCAACACCAUCAUCGAGAUGUCCCUCCCCGGCGCCAUGCAGGUGGACCUGGCGGCGGACUUCACCCCGAUCGAUGGCCCCCUCGGCGCGGGGGCCCAGGCGAGCGUCUUCGCUGCGCGCGCCGUCGGCCCCGGCAUCUCCACGCGCCUCGGCUGCCCGGACACCGUGGCCAUCAAGCAGAUGAAGGCCGCCGCCAUGAAGCCCACACAGGUGGCCCUCUUCCAGAAUGAAAUCGCCCUCAUGUGGCUCCUCCGCGAGCACCCGGCCAUCGUCCGGCUGUACGGCUACAGCGACCAGCCGCCGGCCAUCAUCAUGCACCGGUACCAGACGGACCUGGCCACGCUGCUGCACUCGGAGGUGGCCCUCUCGCUGGGCGCCCUGCUGGACAUCGCCCAGCAGUGGGCCUCCGGGCUGGAGGCCAUGCACGCCAAUGGCGUGGUCCACUGCGACCUGAAGCCGGCCAAUGUCUUUGUCAGCCAGCAGCCGGCCGGGUCAUGGACGGCGGCCCUCGGCGACCUGGGCACCUCGCAGAACCUGAGCACCGACCGGUCCUCGGCCCUGGUGACCACGGCCCCGGAGCUGAAUGCCAUGACCGCGCGCUAUGCCGCGCCCGAGGUCCUGGUGGCCUUCCGGCGCCGGCGCCCGCUGGAGCCAAGCCACCUCUCCGCGGCGGACAUCUUCUCGGCGGCCGUCCUGCUUUGGGAGAGCCUCUCCCGGGCCAUCCCCUGGGAAGCAUGCAACUUUGAGCAGAUCUCCGCGGCCGUGCAAGCCGGCGACCGGCCGGACGUCUCGACCGCCGUGGCCCCGCUGGGCGCCCAGGCUCCCAACCUCGGCCAGAUGGCCGCCGACCUCCUGGCCCGGGCCUGGAACCAGGACCCGCUGGCCCGCCCGCCGGCCGCCACCUUCCGCCAGGUGUGCGCCUCGAUGGCGGUCUUCUCGUCAGGGCAGUAGGCCGCACCCGGCUGGGCCAGGCCGGCGCCCCGGCAUCGCCGCCGCCCCGCGGCCAUGGUGCAUGGACGGGCGGGCCGCGCUGGCCCCGUCAGCACGCGCAAAUACACGCACUCACACGCACACA